AUGAAUUGCAUGAGUGACCUCAACUCGAGUUUCGUCCUAGAAGUAAUAGCAAGACGCCUACCUACUCGACUGCAAAGGAAGUGGGUGAAGAUAGGCUCCCGUAUAGAGGAGGAAGGUAUCGAGCCAAAGUUCGAUGAUAUUCUGAAACUG